GACGUUGACCAGCACGUGCCAGUCACGUGUCACCUUCAUUAACCUAAAUCUCCUUUCUCCCAAAUUCGCAGCCAUUCUUCCAGCUCGUAAUUCCUGAAGCUUUCACCUUCUCAAUUCGCUCCCAUCCAGCUCGUAAGAUCAAGUUCAUUGGAAUUUCUAAGCAAAUCCGGGUUCUUAAAAUUAGCUAUAUCAAUCCGUAAAAAUUAGCUAAGAUGAAGAAAUUGACAAUCCGUAAAAAAGCCAUUGAUUCGAAAAAGAAGCAGUGUGAGUUGUCAACUGAGGUGGGUAAUGUAAGGGUAGAUGAUGUCUUGAUUGAAAGUUCUGAGCUGUUUUUAGCAAAUGUAGAUGGUAAUGCUGAUGAGGUUGAGGAUAGUAGUAGUGAUGAUGAUUAUACAUGUGUUAAUGAAGAUGAAUAUGAGAAUGAUUCUGAUUUGUUUGCGGAAAAUGUAGUUUAUGGUCUUGAUGAUGUGUUUAUAGACGAUGAGGAAGUUAGGUUGAUAUUAGAUAAGGAGGUUGAUGAGAAAAACAACACAGACAUGUACUUUAAUGAUGAUGAACCGCAGUCUGAUGAUUAUGAUUUGAGUGCCUUGAUUGAUGAUGAGGAAGGUAUAUGCAGCUAUCCUACAUUCAACCCUGAGAUUGAUUUCAAGGGUAAGAUUAAUUUGUCUUUAGGGCUUAAGUUUCCUUCGACAUAUGUGUUUAGAAAAGCACUAAGGUACCAUGCUAUUGAAUGUGGUUACAAUUAUUAUUACCUGCAUAAUGGUACAAAUAGGAUCAGUGUGUAUUGCUACAACAGAUGUGAUUGCAUGAAAUUGAAAGGUAGAAUUGUGAACUGUGUUUGUGGGAAGGAGAAGAAGUGUUAUUUUAAGGUUCAUGCCGUGAAAUUGAAAGAUGAGGAGACAGUUCAAAUAAGGAGUUAUUUUCCAAACCACACAUGUGGUCACCAACACCAAAAUAAGAAAGUCACUGCUUUGUAUUUAGCUGAGAAAUACAUAGAUGAUUGGAGGGACAAUCCAACCUGGGAAUUAAAGGCAUUUAAGAAACGGGUUAAUAGAGAGUUAGGUUGUGAAGUGAAGUAUUCUAAGUGUUACAUGGCUAAAAGAAUUGCAAUGAAAAUGCUAUAUGGUGAUGCUAGUGAAGAGUAUAGCAGGGUUUGGGAUUAUGCGGAAGCAAUAAGGACGUUUAAUCCAGGAAGCACAGCAAUCGUUAAAUGCAUUGGAAUAGACACACCCCCACCUUUGUUCCAAAGGAUGUAUAUAUGCUUGACAGCGUGUAAGGAGGGGUUUGUAGCUGGCUGUAGGCCUAUUAUAGGUGUUGAUGGGGCACAUCUGAAGGGAAAAUUCCCUGGGGUUUUGUUGACUGCUGUUGGUAAAGAUGGAAACAAUAAUAUCUUUCCCAUUGCAUGGGCUGUGGUUGAAACUGAAAAUGUAGAAACAUGGAUAUGGUUUCUAAAUCUUCUGGUGGAAGACCUUAGGUCGGUAACUGCAUCGAGUAGUUGGGUUGAAGCAAAAGGUGAAGCUUUCACCUUCAUGAGCGAUAGGCAAAAGGGUUUGGUCGAAGCUUUGAACUCAGUGGUUCCUGAAUGCGAAAUUAGGUUCUGCUGUAGGCAUAUAUGGGCGAACUUCAAGAUCAAGUUCCCUGGAGAGUUGUUCAAACAACACUUUUGGAGUGCAGCCAGAGCCUACAACAAGAAUCAUUUUGAUAGAGAAAUGAAUGUAAUAAAGAAUAUUUCUAUUGACGCAUAUGCAUAUCUAGCUGCUAUUCCUGCAAAACAUUGGUCUAGGCAUGCUUUUUGUAGUAGGAGUAAGUCUGGGAUGUUAUUGAACAAUAUUUGUGAGGCAUUCAACAAUGUGUUAGUAGAAGCAAGGGCGAAGCCUAUAAUUUCCCUAAUGGAGUGGAUUAGGAGAUAUGUAAUGCAACGAAGCGCAACCAAAAGGGAAGGGUUGAGUAACUUUCAAGACUGUUACGUUGUAAACUUGGCCAAUAGAACUUGCCAUUGUGGAAGUUGGCAGCUUAUAGGAAUUCCUUGCAAACAUGCCGUUGCUUGUAUUGUGCUUAGAAAAUUAGAUGCCAAAGACUUUGUCCACGAGGCGUAUCUCAUAGAAACGUAUCGAAAAACGUAUAGUCCAAAGUUUUAUGGUAUGCCAGGACACAAAAUGUGGCCAACAACCACUUUAGCCAAACCACUUCCUCCACCAUAUAGAAAGAUGCCUGGAAGGCCUAACAAGAGGAAAAGAAAGAAGGAAGUUGGUGAAGGUAAAGGAGGAAAGAAGGCUAUUACAGAAUUCAAGCAAAGGAGAUGUGGUAAUUGCGGUGAAGUUGGUCACUACAAAAAGGGCUGCAAAAAUCAACCUAAACCACCACCACCAACAAAGACCAAGUCAAAAGGUGGAAGGCCUAAAAUGGGAUCUUCUUCUACUCAACAAUCUACAACCAAUGAUGUGCCUAGCUCCAGUGGUCAACAACAAACGCAAAACGCUGCAUCUACUUCAUGUAUAAUGGAUCAAAAUAGUCAAAUAUAG